AUGUCGUUCAGUGAGAUGAACCGCAGGACGCUGGCGUUCCGAGGAGGCGGGUUGGUCACCGCCGGCGGCAGCAGCGGCGGUGGCGGCUCUACGAACAAUAACGCCGGCGGGGAGGCCUCGGCUUGGCCUCAGCAGCCGCUGCCAAGACAGCCCCCGCCGCCGGCGCCGCCCGCGCUCCAGCAGCCCAAUGGGCGGGGGGCCGACGAGGAAACGGAAUUGGAGGGCCUGGAGCCCCAAGACCUGGAGGCCUCCUCGGUUGGGGCGGCCGCCGCCUCCGCCGCAGCCGCUACCGAGGACACCAAGGAGUUGCUGCUCCCCCAAGACGCGGGCGGCCCCACCUCGCUGGGCGGCGGUGGCGCGGGGGGCCCCUUGCUAGCGGAAAGGAACCGUCGGACUCUGGCCUUCCGAGGCGGCGGCGGCGGCAGCGGGGGUCUCGGCAACAAUGGCAGUAGCCGCGGCCGGCCCGAGACCUCGGCGUGGCCCCUGAGGCAUUUCAAUGGACGAGGGCCGGCGGCCGCGGAGCUGGAGCUGGACGCGCUGGAGGGGAAGGAGUUGAUGCAGGACGGCGCGUCCCUGAGCGACAGCACCGAGGACGAGGAGGAGGGGGCGAGCCUGGGCGACGGCAGUGGGGCGGAAGCCGGCAGCUGCGGUAGCAGCAGGCGGUCGGGCGGCGAUGGCGGGGACGAAGUGGAGGGCUGCGGUGUGGGAGCUGGCGAAGGAGACCCCGUCCAGCACUUCCAGCCCGCGCGGCGCAAGUCCCUAAUGCAGAAGCCUCAGUGCUCCUUCCAGACCUCCUGGCUCAAGGACUUUCCCUGGCUGCGCUAUUCCAAGGAUACCGGGCUGAUGUUUUGCGGCUGGUGCCAAAAGCCCUCCGAGGAUGGGGGAAGCGGGGACCUCCCCCUGGCGGGGCAUGAUGAGCUUUCGCGAGGGACCCGCAACUACAAGAAAACCCUUCUCCUGAGGCACCACGUCUCUACCGAGCACAAACACCACGAAGCCAACGCCCAGGAGUCAGAAAUACCACCAGAGGAGGGGUACUGUGACUUUAAUAGUAGGCCAAAUGAAAACUCUUAUUGCUAUCAGCUUCUUCGCGAACUAGACGAACAGAGAAAGCAAGGUAUCCUUUGUGAUGUCAGCAUUGUGGUGAGCGGAAAAAUCUUUAAAGCGCAUAAGAACAUCCUGGUUGCAGGCAGCCGUUUCUUUAAGACUUUAUAUUGCGAGUCAAACAAAGAAGUCCCUAACCAAAAAAAUACUACCCAUUUAGACGUUGCUGCAGUUCAAGGUUUUUCAGUCAUCUUGGACUUCUUAUAUUCUGGUAACCUGGUGCUCACAAGCCAAAAUGCCAUUGAAGUGAUGACAGUGGCCAGCUAUCUUCAAAUGAGUGAAGUUGUCCAGACUUGCCGAAAUUUCAUUAAAGAUGCCUUAAAUAUAAGCAUUAAAUCAGAAGCUCCAGAGUCUGUAGUUGUCGACUAUAAUAAUAGAAAACCAGUUACUAGAGAUGGUCUGUCUUCAUCGCGGGAUCAAAAAAUUGCCAGCUUUUGGGCAACACGGAAUCUUACCAGUUUGGCAAGUAAUUUAAAAAUUGAAAAUGAUGGUUGUAAUGUCGAUGAGGGCCAAAUAGAAAACUACCAAAUGAGUGACAAUAAUUGGGUCCAGGAUGGUUCUCCUGAGUUGGCUGAAAAUGAAUCUCCAGGUCAAACAAAAGUGUUUAUUUGGAACAAUAUGGGCUCCCAGGGAGUUCAAGAGACUGGCAAAACAAGGAGGAAAAACCAAACUACAAAGAGAUUUAUUUAUAACGUACCACCUAAUAAUGAAGCAAAUUUGGAAGAUUGUUCAGUGAUGCAACCACCUGUUGCCUAUCCAGAAGAAAACAAGACACUAAUCGUCAAGGAAGAACCAGAUUUGGAUGGUGCUCUCCUCUCGGGGCCAGAUGGUGAUAGGAAUGUGAAUGCAAAUUUAUUGGCUGAUGCUUGUGCUGGUCAAGACGGAAGUGAUGCUGGUCCUUCAAAUGAUUUCAAGUAUGGUUUGAUGCCUGGUCCUUCAAAUGAUUUCAAGUAUGGUUUGAUGCCAGGUGCUGCAAAUGAUUUCAAGUAUGGAUUAUUGCCAGGUACUUCAAAUGAUUUCAAGUAUGGAUUAUUGCCAGAAUCUUGGCCAAAACAGGAAACUUGGGAAAAUGGUGAAUCAUCUCUAAUCAUGAACAAGUUGAAAUGCCCUCAUUGUAGCUAUGUAGCCAAAUACAGACGAACACUAAAAAGACACUUGCUCAUUCAUACGGGAGUGAGAUCAUUCAGCUGUGAUAUUUGCGGAAAGCUGUUUACUCGAAGAGAGCAUGUCAAAAGACAUUCCCUGGUGCAUAAAAAGGAUAAAAAAUACAAAUGUAUGGUAUGUAAGAAGAUCUUCAUGUUGGCAGCCAGUGUUGGAAUAAGACAUGGAUCUCGGCGCUAUGGUGUUUGUGUAGACUGUGCAGAUAAAUCACAACCAGGAGGGCAAGAAGGUAUGGAUCAGGGACAAGAUACAGAGUUUCCUCGGGAUGAAGAAUAUGAAGAGAAUGAAGUAGGAGAAGCUGAUGAAGAGCUGGUUGAUGAUGGAGAAGAUCAGAGUGAUCGGCCUGGAUGGGAUGAAGCAGGAGAUGUGUGUAUGUCUCUAGAUGACUAACUGACCCACUAUACUCCUCAAGGAUGCUGCAUUUGGACAUAAUAUGAAUCGACAAUUUGGAUUGUUGAACUUGAAGGCUUGCAAAAUAUGGUACAUGCUGGAUGAGUUAGUUAACAUUGCUGUGAAAACUAGGGUCAAAGCCUUAUAGCAAAAAAAGCAAAAACAAAAAAAAAAACUUUUUUUUAAGUAUUUGCACAGGACUGUACAGCAGACAACCAUGUGGUUGGAUUACAUGGAGUCCCCACAUACUCAGUCAGUUAUCAAAGUUAAAUAUUUUUUAUUUAUAGGAUAUACAGUAACUAUUUGGGUCCUUUGGAAAUGUAUUUACCUGUCCUUACAGAGCUUACUCUUCAUGUGCCACUUCCACAUGAAUGCAGAAAAUCCAUUUAUGGAAGUACAGCGACAGUUGACCCAAUCAGUCUGUCCAUCAAACCACUCAGGCUAGUUUUUACUAGUAGAGCUUUGUUUCUAUUUUUAUUUUUAUUAAUUUUAUUUUUUUUAAUACAGAUUUUCAGUGAGGGGCUUUUUCAACCCCAUUGGUUCUAUUUUCUUGUAUUUUACAUUUUAAUUUGUUCCAUAACUUAAACCAAGACUCUGGUAUUAUUUCUCAAUUUUGUGCUGAUGGGCAUGUUUAUAAGAACUGGAGAGGUAAUUUAUUGGAAUGAACUAACUGACUUCCCCCACUCCCUUUUUCCUUUUUGACAUGAAUUUUACUACUUCACAAAUGAAGAGAAUGAUGAUGCGAAGUUGACAAAUACCACUAAAAUGAUUAUGAUUUAGAAGUAACUUUCUCCUGCUGCUCUAAUCUGAUAAAUGGUUACUAUAUGAUGUCUUCUGACA